AGAGGUUAAGUAACUUGCCCAAGAUCACACAGCCUGCAAGUGGUGGGCUUUGAUGGCAGAUGUGCCUGACUCCAGAAGAAAAGAGGGAGGGGGGAGGCCUUCCUGCCGCACGCUAGAGUCACCAGGUCCCACCUGCUGUCCCGUGCGGCCUCCCCCUGGGGCAGCUCCCUUCCCAGAACCCCGGGCCUUGGAACAUUCUAGCACUCUAUGACCUGUGCCAGUACGUCACGCUGGUGCCCUGGCCCCCAGCUGAACAGCCGGGGCUUUAGGAGGCGGGGGCUCCCUGAACGCGUGGUCCUCCCUGGCCGGGGCUGCAGCUGAGACAAGGGUCAGGAGGUUAGCCAUGUCAUCUGAGCCUCCCCCGCCGUCGCAGCCCCCCACCCACCAGGCUCCAGGAGGGCUGCUGGACACCCCUCGGGGGGCCCGCGAGCGCUCCCCGUCCCCGCUGCGGGGCAACGUGGUCCCGAGCCCGCUGCCCACUCGCCGGACAAGGACGUUCUCGGCGACGGUGCGGGCUUCCCAGGGCCCCGUCUACAAGGGAGUGUGCAAAUGCUUCUGCCGGUCCAAGGGCCACGGCUUCAUUACCCCGGCGGACGGCGGCCCUGACAUCUUCCUGCACAUCUCCGACGUGGAGGGGGAGUACGUCCCCGUGGAAGGCGACGAAGUCACCUACAAGAUGUGCUGCAUCCCACCCAAGAACGAGAAGCUGCAGGCCGUGGAGGUUGUCAUCACCCACCUGGCUCCGGGCACCAAACACGAGACCUGGUCUGGGCACGUGGUCAGCUCCUAGGAGACACCCGAGGCUCCGCUCCCCCUGGCGUGGGGGGAGACUGGGGGAGGAGCAGCAGGACCACACUGAAGAGAACUCUGUGCUGCACAAGCUGGGGCUCGGGGCGGGGGCGGGGGGGUGCGGGCCCCACCAGCGUCUCCUGGGGGAAGUGGGGGUGGGCGGGGGGGCCUCUCCCCGCCACCAGCACAGCCUCUGACUGUCGCAACAACCUCUCAGCAUCUGAAAAGCAUUAAAAGCAUUGAAAAAGGAGAGGUGCCCCCGCUGGUGGCUGUGCAGAGGGUCUGACCUCAGGUGGGGCACCCAGGGCCCCCCGCCCCCCCGGUGGUGACAUGCAUCCCGUGUGCCUUCCCUCAGUGCCCCGGCUAGGUCUCUCCGUGGACGUGGGCAGAGCGGCCUCCAGUUCUCGGCUUGGUGGGAGCGGAGCUGGCGUGGGGGGCUGGGGGGAGGGGCGGUUUGUCCGGAGCUCUGACCUCUGACCUCUGGGCAAGGCUGGCCGGCUCCCAGCUCCUCUAGGAGGCUUACCUUUUCCUGUCCUCUAGCUGAGCGAGCCUCCCUCAGUAAGGUGCUGGUUGGAGGCCUGGGGUGGGGCUUGGGGUCUGUUUCAUACAGCACUUCCUCCAGGACAGACCCGGAUUCUUGCUUCCGGACAGCCUGUGGGCGGGGGGCUUCCUUAGCAACUGGCUUAGAGAUGAACUGAAGCUGCGCCAGCCCGGGGGGGGCCUCACUGCCAACGCUGCAGGUGUUUCAGUCACUGGAUCCUUAGGGUUUCCCUUGCGGUGCUUUGGUGUGGCCUUAGUUAGGUUUACGGAUAGAAGUAGCUGGGUGCUGUGCUUGGACGUAGGUGGCCUGUAGGUAGCCAGGAGUCCACGGGUCAGCUUUCAGAAACGGUGGCUUUUGGGCAGGUGACAGCGGCCCGGCUGGGAGGGCCAGGCGAUGCCGGAGGCACUGAGCCGCCCCCGCCCGAGAGGGGUGCAGUCUGGAGGGGGUUGCUGUGUGACCAGGCCAUGGUGACGGCCAGUUUGCUCUGCCCUGCUGUGCAGCUCUGGCUUGGUGCUCCCUUCCCACCUCUGCCCUCUGCUGGGUCAAAGGUCGCCGUUUUCCUUCUAGCCUCGGAUGGCCCCCAGGCGGCUUCCCAGGGGCCUCUGUGUUUGGUGGAGACCACACUUCGAAGGCCGCUUCUGCUGAGGCCCAGGAGAGCUCCCUGGCCCUCGCCCACUGCUCCAGCCUGGGCGCCAGCCCCCUGUGCUGCCAGGGCCCCGGUAGGCUCUGCCCGACCAGGAGCUGUGCGGAGGUGACCCUUGGAGUUUGUCGCAGGGCAGGUCCUCUGUACACAGCUCUUGCUCUGAGCGUCUCGGCAUCAUUUUCAGCUGAGCGUCCAUGCUGGCAGGGACCCCCACCGCCCAAACACCAGCCUCAGCUCCCAAGGUGGGGAGACUCCCCCAGGCUCGGGGAGGGACGCAGGGUGUUGGUGACCGAGCCAGGACUAGAAUCCAGGAUUCCCACAUCAGGUCUCGCCUCCCAUCAGCCACCUUCCUCUGAAUAAAGUGUUGUUUUGUGCGA